AUGGCUAAGGCUAAUUAUGAGCGGUGGGAGCGAUCUAAUCGCUUAAGUUUGAUGCUCAUAAAAGUCCACAUAAUCCAAAGCAUUAGGGGUUCUAUCCCUAAUAGCGAUAAAGUCAAAGCUUACAUGGAGGCAAUUGAUAGAGAAUUCGUAAGCUCUGACAAGGCAUUGGCCAGCACCCUUAUGAAGAGGCUCUCAAGUAUGACUUUCGACAAAAGUCGUACAGUGCGAGAGCACAUUAUGGAGAUGAGAGACACUGCUGCUAAACUCAAGUCCCUUGAGGUUGAUAUGUCUGAACCAUUUCUUGUGCAUUUCAUUCUCAACUCACUUCCUACGGAAUAUGUUCCGUUCAAGAUUUCUUACAACACACAUAAGGAUAUGGUCAAUCAAUGA